UGUCAACGUAAACACCCACUUCGAACUUGAACUUUGAAUUUGUUUUUUCUGUUUUUCAUUUAAAGUUCAGUUUCGAACAAUUCCACUUUUUUAUCAUUUUAUCCUCUAAGUAUUCAGACCUUUUAAACCUCGAAUUAAUUUGCAUUUAACCAAUAAAUAAUAAACAGUGAACAGUGAAUCAAUGUUGUUGUUAAACAUGAUAAGAAAAUAUUAAUAAAUAGGUAGGAAAUGUUGUAAAUUAAGUAUUGCCACUGAACGUAUGGGAGCAGGCAAGUUAUAUAAGUGAAACGUCGGUACAAAUAUUAAAAUUAGUCGUAAUUAAGGCGAUUCUUGUUCACCUAGUACCUAUACAAUUACAUAAUUCAAUUUAUAAAUACGUUUUUAAUUGAUUGAAAUGAGCCCCAAAAAUGAUCAGGACGAGAGAUUAAUUGGUGUGAUAGAUGCUGGCACAAGGACAGUACAGUUUUGUGUGUUUAGAACGUCGCAUACUAAAGAAAUAGCCAAGCACACCAUAGAUAUUACAACAGCCGUUCCACAAGAAGGAUGGUCUGAACAGGACCCCAAAGAAAUACUAAAUGCUGUUAAAUCAUGUAUGGAAAUUGUUGUUAAUGGAUUAGGAGCAGACUUGGUAAAAAACAUCGUAACUUUAGGUAUUACAAAUCAGAGAGAGACGACAAUAUUGUGGGAUAAAACGACUGGAGAACCACUACACAAUGCAAUAGUAUGGAAUGAUAUAAGGACGGACUCGACAGUGGACAAAAUUUUGGCGAAAGUGCCUGAUCAAAAUACAAACUAUUUCUCAAAACAUUGUGGUUUACCCAUAUCGCCUUAUUUCAGUGCGUUUAAAAUCAAAUGGUUAAUGCAUUAUUCGCCUCAUGUUAAAAAGGCCCUCAAGACUAAUACAUGUCUGUUUGGGACUGUGGACACUUGGAUUUUAUGGAAUCUGACAGGGGGCGUGCACAAUGGUAAACACUAUACGGACGUAACAAACGCUUCUAGAACGUUUCUCAUGAACAUAGAACUUUUGAAUUGGGACCCGUAUCUAUUGCGAUACUUUAAUAUACCAGAAAGUAUAUUACCCGAAAUAAAAAGCAGUUCCGAAAUUUACGGAAAAGUCGGAGAUGAUUGGCCGCUGAAGGGGGUUACCAUCUCGGGGAUUUUGGGCAACCAACAAUCAUCUUUGCUCGGUCAAAGAUGUCUAAAGGAGGGUCAAGCGAAAAACACUUACAGAAGUGGUUGUUUUCUUCUAUACAAUACGGGAAAUCAAAGAGUACUAUCGACUCAUGGUCUAGUCACAACUGUAGCUUACAAAUUAGGCGAUGAACCUGCUGUGUAUGCUCUAGAAGGUAGCGUAGCAGUGGCAGGAACUGCUGUAAAAUGGCUAAGGGAUAACAUGGGUUUUCUUAAAGACGUCAGCAAGGACACCGAAUCGCUCGCCAAAGAAGUCUUCAACACCGGUGAUGUUUAUUUCGUACCCGCUUUCAAGGGACUCUACGCUCCAUACUGGAGGAAAGACGCUAGAGGGAUCAUUUGUGGUUUGACCGCCUUCUCGACGAAACAACACAUCAUUAGAGCUGCUCUGGAAGCGGUUUGUUUUCAAACUCGCGACAUCUUGGAAGCCAUGAACAAAGAUUGCGGGAUACCGCUAUCGAAGCUUCGCGUUGAUGGAAAAAUGUCGGAAAACGACUUAUUAAUGCAAUUGCAAGCUGAUAUCAGUGGAAUACCUGUGAUAAGAGCCGAAUCGGAAGAUAUUACUGCUCUGGGUGCCGCUAUGGCCGCUGGAGCGGCCAAGGGCAUCGAAAUUUGGGAUAUACGUUCCGGAGAAGCGGAAUUGGUACCAAUUCAUACAUUCCUUCCCACAUCAACGACUAACGAAAGAGACGCUAGGUAUAAAAAAUGGAAAAUGGCCGUGCAAAGGUCCUUAGGUUGGGCUGUUCCCAAGAAAUCUAACGUUAUGACAGAGGAACGAUAUCGAAUGCUUUCCAGUCUUCCAGGGUGCCUGUACUUAAUCAUAAGUUUCGGAAUGCUUGCUUUAUCCGAAUUUCUGCAAGAAUUAGAAGGUAGUUGAUACGGUUAUUUAUUUUAUAUAAUUAGUACGACCACAAAACUGUUCAUAGCGGCCAUUUUUAAUUAAAGGGUUUUGAAUGUGAAAUAUAUUCUGGUUUAUAAAUGAACAAUUUGGGUUAUUUUCAGUCUUGUAUUAAAAAAUACGAUUUAACUGCCUUAUGUUGAUGACAUAAAUUGUUUAGUGAUGGCUGCCCUGUUAUUUAUUUUAAACCAAAUUAUGUACUUACCUAAUUUUUUGUUGAUUUUUUUCUGUUGACUUGUUUAUUUUGGUUUUGUUAUUUGAGAACUUUAUUAAAAAAUAAAACUAAAUAUGGUUUUUAUUUAAAAUAUGUCGAAAAAUGUAACCAAUCACCAAAGAGUAGAAAUAGCAAGAGAGGACAGUCAGAGGGAGAAAUUAAAAUUGGGAGAGAUAGAGCUACACUCCAAUGGAUUCCAUAGGUGGCGACUGAUUAUUUUAGUAUCUUGUUACGGUUACGCUUUACCUGUCGACUAGUAUUAAUUGAUUCAGCCUCUAUAAUUUUAUUUGUUUGCUG